CUGAAAAAUACCUCUAAUACCUGAAUUGCGUUCUCGCAUCCAUCUUCAUUUAUUCUAGGCACAAACGAACGACGCAUACAAAGAUAGUAUUAACGUGCAAAUACCAUGGCCUUCAACACUCUCUUCUCGAGCAUCCUCCUGCAGCUUUGCUUGGCCUCGAUCGGCCUCGCAGCUCCUGUCUCGACCGAAGCCAUGGACAAUAGCUGGCAGUAUGGCACGGGUGGCGGUCUGGUCGGCCUUAUUGUUCUCAUCCUCGAUAUUAUCGUCUUUGUCGAGAUCCUCAAGUCAAGACGCACGCCCGUUCAGAAGCUCAUCUGGUGUCUCGUCGUCUUCCUCUUCCCCGUUCUCGGCCUGAUCAUCUACUAUCUCUUCUCAAACCGCUCUGCAUACCAGCGCGACUCUGGUUACGAGUCCUUGGCAUAAGCGCUGGUAAGAAGAAAUGACGUAUUGGAGUUUGCAGAGUGGCGGCACAUAUGGAUAUGGAUGUAAUUACUAAUUAUUUUCUUUGCAAGAUUGUCUAAUUAAUUAGGUCUCAACUUUGUCUC